UUAAUUCAGUGUAUUGCAGUUUAUUCUACUUAGAAAAGGAAACAUCCUAAAACUAUGUAGAGGGUGCGCGAACUUGACAACAAAUAUAGUCUGACGACCAAGACGCUCAUAUUACCGACUGCACUGUGCCAAAACAUGCUCAAGAAAUGAAGCAACCUCUUUUUCUGAACUACCGUAUAUCAAUUAUUGCGUAUGCGCUGCAAGAUGUCAUCACCCUUUCAUCCCAAAGAUUUCAACACAGUUUGACAUGCAGGUCUUAUGAUUUGAGUUCUGUGAAUGUAGUGAUCAAUCAAACCAUGACCCUAAUUUGAUGCUUUGCUAACCUUAUAAAAUGUUUUCUUGACAAUGUGCUGAUAUUUUGUGGAGAAAUUUCAUAUUGAUCAUACACAGGAAUGAAAGGAUUAACAGUAAAAAGAGUUAGGAAAUUUAAGGAUAAAACAUGACCCAGGAACCACAUGAACCUUAGUGUCUUGUCAUGCCUGUUAUGUAAUAAUGUUUUUAUUACUCUGCCUGAUCUUUUAGCUAAUGCAUUCUGGUUGUGCAUUGUGUCUCUAUUAUGGGGCUCCACAAAUCCUCUUAUAAGACAAGGAAGUAAAGGGAUAGAGGAUAUUCACAGACCGAGUCGCAUUGGUCAGUUUUUUGCAGAAGUGCUUUUUCUUGUAUCCAACUGGAGGUAUUUGAUUCCCUUUUUGUUAAACCAGUGUGGGUCAGUGGUUUAUUACCUGACACUUGCAUCUGCAGAUUUGUCCGUUGCUGUGCCAAUUACGAACUCUUUGACUAUGAUCAUCACAACAUUGACUGGGAAGCUUUUAGGUGAAGACAACAUUAAUGCAGGAACAUUUCUCGGAAUGAUGCUCGUUGUAUCUGGGGUGAGCAUUUGUGUUAUGGAUAAAACACUAUGAAUCAACAUAACAAUCCAAAAACUAGAAGAUUAUCCUCUCAAAAUGGAGGUGGUUGGGAUAAUCAGGGCACAUGCUGUCAAAACAUUGCGCUGGUAAUGGUAGUCAAUCUUUGAAACUAGUUGUUUGUUUGCUCUGAUCUGCACCUAUGGACCAAGCAGUUGAGAGUACUAAUCAAAUUAUCAGCAAUAUAUAUUUGUAAUUAUGAGGUCAAUAAGAGUUUUUUAAAAUUA